AUGGUCAGGGGCCUUGGAGGCCAGGGUGUUGGAAAGGGCAUGCGAGUGAGAGCUGAUGCCAGUCAGAUUAUGGCAGAACUGGACUCGAAAGCCCAUAACAGUGGUGAAGACUCAGAUCUAAAGCAAAGGAGGAGGUCACGCUCACGCUGUAACACGAGCAGUGGGAGUGAAUCAGAAAAUUCUAAUAGAGAACACCGGAAAAAGAGAAACAGGAGGAGCCCUGAUAUCCAAGCAAAAGAAGAGUUAUGGAAGCAUAUUCAAAAGGAACUUGUGGAUCCUUCUGGAUUGUCUGAAGAACAAUUAAAAGAGAUUCCAUAUACUAAAGUAGAGACUCAAGGUGACCCAGUCCGCAUCAGGCAUUCCCAUUCGCCGCGAAGUUACCGCCAGUAUCGCCGGUCCCAGUGUUCAGAUGGAGAGCGAUCUGUUCUCUCGGAGGUGAAUUCAAAAACGGAUCUUGUACCUCCACUCCCUGUGACCCGUUCUUCAGAUGCUCAGGGUUCUGGUGGCUCCACGGUUCAUCAGAGAAGAAAUGGAUCUAAAGAUAGCCUGAUUGAAGAAAAAUCUCAGACAUCUACAAGCAAUCUAGCUGGAAAACACACGGCAAAAACAGUCAAAACUGUCCAAGCUUCACGCCUCAAGAUAGAGACUUGACGAUGCCCGGGCAGAGGGGCCUGGGAUUGGGGGUGGGAGGGGGGUGUGCCACCUGUACCUUCAAACUGUGAAUUGUAAUUAUUCAAGUAUCUUGGACCUGCAAGUGCUUCUUCGGGGGAAAAAAAAAAUCCAACCUGUUGCGUCUUUUAAAGGUUUAACAGCAUUAUUUGUGCAGAAGGGCCUUUUUUUUUUUGGUAACUGGAGUAGUCUUGUGAAAACUCAUUCACUGGAUGCCCUACUUUCCUUCCCGGAGACUCCCAAGUAUCUUGUGUCCACGACCAAGACCAGAUGCUUCCCAUCAAAGCUCUGGCAUCCAGGUGUGCAGCUGCCUAGCUGUGCAACAGCACACCAAGUGGAUGAAAGGGUCCUUCCCACCUCUAGGUGGAUCUCAGCCUGUGCACAGAUGUCUGAAGACUGAGACAUCACUUUCAGACUGCAGAUGUUUUUAUUCAUAUAAAUAUGUUCUUUGUAAGACUGUAUUUUGUGGUAUUAAGUUCCACUGGUUAUUUACAAAUGUAAAAAGCUUUUAAGUGUUGCUUUUAAUUUCUAGUGUCCUUGUGUUUUCAGAAAACAGACUGUGUGGAUUUCAGCUGACCUCAGCUUAUGAAUUCACGACCCUCAACCACAAAUGGUCCCUCCAUCCUGCCUAGCUACCGAACUCCCCCAAAGAUGAAUUCAUUUGAGGGUGACUAUCACAGGGAAAGUCAAGUACUCACGCAGGACAUCUCACCACCUCCCUCCCACCACCUCCUCCAGAGCUGCCACCAACACUACCCGUCCCCACACCCAUGCUCUGGAGCCCGGUCUCCUUUGGCCUUAGCUCUGUCACCUUACUCCUCUCAGCUAGAUCCUUGCGACUUGGUUUAAACUGUUAACUCUCCCACCAAAAAAAGCCAACCAACUUUCACAACCACAAAUCCCUCCCCAGUUCUCUUUCUUCAAGUUUCUCAAAAGGGUUAUCUGUAGCCUGUGUCCUCAAUCCAUCUCCUAAUCUUGAUUUUAAACUGCUAAGAUUCUCCCCCACUGCUCCACUACAGACCUCACUAAAACUACUUUGUGUACCAAAUCCCAAGGGUAACUUUUAGGCUGCCUUGCAACAUUUUUAGUGCAGUAUUCCAUUGUUUUCUACAUUUCUCACCAUCCUUUACUGCUCUUCAGUAAGACGCUAUUCUACCUCGCCAAUUUCUAACUCAAAAGCUCAGUCCUCUCCCUGUAGGUGGAUCUCAUUUAUGCCCAUAGCCUUAAAGUAUUCCUAUAGCUUAGUCUAUAGAUCAGUGUUCUGCCAGAAGGCCACUUAAGAUGUCUCCAAGGCAAUCCCAAUUCAACUAGUUUAAAAUGCUGCUCUCUGGCUGGAUUUAGGACCAUUAUGCUUGUGAAUGUGCAAGACCACACACCUAGCAGUCGUUAUAGACACCUCCCCUAUUACCAAGUCCUGUGAGCUUUGCCCUCUACAGCUAAUGAUCUCCACAAAUUUUACCACCCUGGUCCAUGGUGUUUGUCUCUUGCCUAGACAACCGCUGUAUUCUCCAACUGGUCCACCGCAUCCUUUCUCUGACAGAUAUUAACUAUCCUAGGUUUCCCCUUGCUGUAAACAAAGCCGUAAAUGAUCUGGUCUCUUACCUGCUGUUUAGGCUCGUUUUGUAAUACUCUGGGCUCAGCUAAUAGCCGCCUUCAAGCCUCAUUAAGCACUCAUUUAUAAAUCAGGGCACUUAAGAGGGAAAGUAACUACAACUAUCACAAAUCUGGACCUUUUCUAGCCCAAGGCCUCUGCACAUGCCAUCCCCAACUUUGCCUUGCAAAAAUGACACCUACCCUUAGGCUCAACUGCUUUCUCAGGUUUCUUUGUCUUAGUCAACUCAUGCAUGGGACUUGUCUCACAAAGUAAGUUUUAUAUUUGCAAUGACAUUUCUGCCAUUCAACUCUCAGCUUCCAAAGGGAGGAACUGUUUUGCUCACCCUUGUGUUCCCACUUCCUAGUACAUUAUUGAAAAGUUCAAUAAAUUUUUUCAAUGCUCAGACUAUUUGUUCUUUCCUGAAAAGUGAAGGCAGAGGAUGCGCUGACUGACAUCUAGUAAAAAUAAAAAUGCAGUGACAAUGUAAAACACCUGUGACCUAGAAACCAGCUAGUCUAGUUCAGUUCAGUUCAUCAUGCAGAAGGCACUGAAAGAAAGCACUUAUUUCUCCUUGGGUGUAGCAUAAACCUCUAUCUCACAAGGCUAUUCUUAACUGGUUGCGCUGAAUACUAAUCUUAACUACUGAGAUUUAACCAUUUUGAAAUUGCUGGGGGAGGAAGGAGAAACCCUUCUUUUCCCUUUGAUCUUUCAGUGAAGAAUGCUAUUUGCCGGUAGUUAAUUACUUAAUACACAAGCCUCCACGAAGCACAAUGAAAUAUUUAUUUGUAGCCCUACUGUUUUAAGUGUGUAUUUAUAGACUGUCCAAAAGCAGUAAUUUUAGUACCCCUCAGGCUCCUGGGAGUCUUAAAUGAUCCAAGCAACUCUUGUCAAGAUUUCCUAUGAUGUUUUUGAAUUCUUCAUCAAGGACAUCCUAAAAAACAAAAUAAAGCAUUCAAUUUGACAAGCAAAUA